AUGGCCCUUAGCGCAAAGUACCAACAGUUCCUCGGUGCGCCCGCCGUUGAGUUGCUGUCGGCCCAGGCCUCCAUCAACUACAUCACUACGCUCACCACUGUCGCCAAUCCUGCCGCCAUCCUCAAGCAUCUCACCGCCCAGGGCAAGCUGCUAACCAAGAAGAAUGAGAGGAUCCUCAAUACCAUUGAGGGCAGCGACAGCCUCUGUUUGGAGGUCGAAACCACAUUGGAACUCGUCGCCGGCGGCGGCGCCUUCCUCCCAGGUCUCGAUGACAACUUCAUCUCCGACCGGACUGUUGUCUUCCCCAUUGUGCACGUAGUCCAGUUCGAUGAGCAACAGAAAAUUCGCACUAUUCGACUUUAUUGGGACCAGGCCUCUUUGCUCAAGCAGGUCGAGGUCAUCGGCUCGCGCGCGCGCAACUGGCCUAUCCGCGACGGCAAGGACCAAGUGCGCCUCAUUACCUCCAGCACGUCUCUGGGUCAAACUUCAUCCACCGCAUCUGGUCGACAAGGCGCUCACGUGCGCGACGGAAGCGAGAACGAUAACGUUAGCAGACCGCAGACCGGCAAGAGCUCUGUCAGUGCGACUGGCGACCCGCAUGCGAGCCUCUCUCUCUUCCAACCCCGCGACGUCAACCAAGAAACCUCUGGUGCGCCAACGGCCGGCUUGGUUCCACGUGUGAAGCCGGCAAAGCCCCCCGCGCGUAAUCUCACCGAUAUCGUCGGCGAUGAGGAUGAAUUGCAGUCUACGCAGGGUGUGUAUUCCUCCAAAAACGACAUCCGACCCAAGGCUGGCGCUGGCAAGAACUAUCAUCCCAUAAGGCUGUUUGAUGAAGAUGAAUCCAACGCAAGGUCAUCGCAUUUAUCCCCGGAACGGAAGAAAGCGGACCCCAAGAAGUACGAGCAUUUUAAGUUCGACGAGCGUGAAGACGCGCCAACGCCAGAUGCGGAAACUGCGCGCUCCAAGUCAAAGAAGCAUACCUCACAGUGGGGCUUUGAGGACUUUGUUACUCCAGAGAAGAUUCGGCCCAAGGUUCAUGCCCAGAACGAGAGGCAUUUCGGCUGGAGCGAUGAUGAGGUGAGUACUGCAAUUUCCCUUUACUUAUCCGGAUGCCGAUUGUUAUUUUCUGCGGAUCCUGAAACGUCACCUGUGAAGCGACCAGUCGUUCAUCAACCUCGUGCAGAUGCAGAGACACACUUCGAGAUGAGGGAUGAUGGCACACCUGCUGCGGAACGGACUGCGCACAUCAGCAGCAAAGGUGGAAAGCAUAGUAAAGGACUUGGUCUGUACAAAGAUCCCGUCCUCGGAAGCGAAAACGACGAUGAGCAUGAGGGCAAUGACGGUCCACUCCACAACGUUACGAAGACUGUCAACAACGAAAGUCGCCAAAAGCAUUUUGGCAGUAAAUUUGAAAUUUCCGAUUCCAGUCCUGCGGCUUCUCGUAUGGAGUCGACGUCCACGAAGGAAAACUUGGCGACAGGACCAGGCAAGGCGCGCGGCAUCAACAUUGCAGGAGACGGAAUGGGUGGCCGCAAGGGCUCGUCACGCGCAUGGCUCUUUGGAGAUGAUGAUGAUGACGAUGCAGAUGUUAAGGAUACCCCCGUUGCUAGGCGGAAGCACGCAGAUAAGGCGGAGAGCCAGCCUGCCAAGAAAGGUGGUUUCUGGGACUUUUGA